AUGGCUGGAAUUAAAGGUUAGACGCUUCAAUUUCUCUUUUAUUUUAAGAAUCCCUUUUAAUCUGUUUGUAAUAAAAACAACAGGAACAAAAAUCUCUCACAGACAGAAGGGCGCGUUUGUCAGCUCCAGCUAGCUAACGGUUCCGUGGAGAAGUAGUUAGCCGACGGGCCAGUGCAGCCGUUAGCCUGAGCUCUAUAGGCUUCAUUGGUCGGAGGAAGCCGAUACUCGCUGUUUAAUGACUAGUAACCAAAAGCUAGUUCACAAACUGCAGCAUGUCAUAUUCCAAACAUGAUGUAUAAUAAAUGUCACAGCCGUUCAGGAUCGUAGUAACGCAGUUAUUGCUAAUGUUAGCUGCACCUUGACUUCAGUCAGCAGCACACUGUGGUGCUUGUUGCGACUGAGCUGCUUAGAUUAAUUGAUGCUAACCAACCACACUGACUGGGCUGCUAUUAGCGUGUAACAUGCGCUCUUCAUGGCAUGCUUUCGAUAGCCAUUGUCGCUGUUCCACGUGAAAUCAGCUGAUUCAUCACAUGAUAGCCACAGCAGCCGGGGGCCCUGCUGCUGUGAUGUGAAGACUGAGGGAUGCUCACUCGCCUGUUUGAGAGGAAAAAUGUAAAAACUGAGUCCACACUGAUGUGCUUUUCUCUGUCUGUUUCGCAGCUCUCAUUAGCCUUUCAUUUGGAGGGGCCAUUGGCCUCAUGUUCCUCAUGCUAGGAUGUGCCCUCCCUGUGUACGAGUAAGUACAAGCACCUCACACCAUGUGAGCUUGAUAAUGUGUGUGUGUGUUAGUGCUGGACGAUAAUUCGAUAACAAUAUAUAUCGAUCGAUAGACGUGUGCUGCGAUAGAAAAAAAACGGGUCGAUAAAACGUUCGAUAGAAAAACACAGUUUCCCUUUCUUUUUCAUCAUAGCCUAUCAUGUAGCUUUUACUACAGUCAUUACUUCCUCCCAACCAAUCACAAACGCAGACCCAGGUACGCUACGGCACCAAGCCCAGCCCCUAUCAAACCACAACAGACAGCACGUGUAUUAGAAAAAAUGAUACAGCAAGGAGAGGCGGAGGACAUUGUCAGUAGUUCACCAGCAUGGCAAUGUUUUGGUUUUUAGAAGUCUGACAAAAAGCGAACAGCGGUCGUUUGCAAAAUUUGCAGAGAAUUAGUAAAAACCAAGUCUGGUAACACAACCAACUUGUUUUACCAUCUAAACCGGUCGCACCCGCAGGAGUACGAGCUGUGUCGGCCGCGCCGCGGCUCCACGUCGUCGGAGGAGGAAUCCUCUGGAACCGCUGCCAGCACCAGCACAAAGCAAGUGAAGCAGACCAAACUGGACUUCGUUUCUUGCCAAAAUACGACAAAGCGUCCGAGCGGCAUAAGGACAUCACCCAUGCAGUAACAUGCUGCAUAGCGAGGGACAUACUGCCAAUAACUACCGUUGAAAAGCCUGGCUUCGACCAGCUUCUAGCCACUCUCGACCCGCGAUAUGAAGUGCCCGGCCGCAAGUAUUUCUCAAACACAGCGCUUCAGGCAUGAAAAUGGGUCAGGGGUUGAAAAGGUGAGAAGAAUGCAUCCCGUCCACUCAUUAGCUUCUUAAAGUGGAAGAAAAUGAGCUCAUAUUUUACAAAGACGCGAGUAUUUGGAUCAUGGCUACUAGCAGGGGGUGCAUUCGGCAGGGGUGCAUUCUACGACACAACACCGGCGUGGAUAAGUCCUGCUUCUCGUGCUCAGUUUGCGUAUCAAGUCAAUCACAUGAUGAUUAAAAAUAAAUAAAUCUCCCGACCCCGGGAGAAAUGUUUCAAUGUUCAGACACCAGGCUGUGGGCAGUUUCUCACACAGUUAAAACUGGUAGUAUGUUAUUCCCACCUAAAGCUAUUCUGUUUAUUCAUAUAUUUGUUUGUUUUGUUUAUUUUCAUCAAAAGACUAUUUAAAUAUUUAUUUAUCAGAUUUUCUGGUCACUUUAGUCUAUAUGUUUGUCAGUAUUUACUGACGUCACUCAGGCCCCUUAAGUUGAUUUCUUUUUUUUUUUUGUUCUUUUUUAAAAAACUUUCAGUUGUGGUAAAAUAAAAAAGGUGGUUGAAUAAAGGUUUGAAUUUGAAUUCAGUGCUUCUGUGUUCUUUAUUAAAAGUAGGUCAUUAAGCAAUAGCAUAAAACAUCAAGGGCUGCAAUUAAAAUAUAUGUUAAAUAAUUAUAAUAAUUAUAUCGAUAAUUAUCGAUAUCGAUCAAUAUGAUUUAUUUUUUAUCGAUAUGCUUUUUUUCUAUAUCGUCCAGGCCUAGUGUGUGUGAAACACUGCUCACACUUGGCACUCACUGACACGCACCCCAGGUGAUCUCAUCAGAGGUUUACAGCUUUAAACACAGGUGUGAAAGCAUGACCGGAUUAACUCACAUGGGGGCAGAAAUUAGCUCCAGGAUCUUUACUAACCUGCUAUAACAAUGCUGAAGUUAACAUUUGAUCUGCAGCUUCGGUUAUGAAAACAGGCCCCACUGCGCCUACACAUGUCAGACCUUGACAAGAUUACCUAAGAGAGGCUACAGACAUCUAAAAACACAGAUUUAUAUUUGUGGAAACCUUCAUCCUAUUUUUGGAAAUGCAAGAAAGGGCCAUUUCUAGUGAUGGGCAUGGCAGUUCUUCACUAGAAUCAGUUCACUUAAAAGAUUUGUUUGCCAAAUCACCAAAUCAUUUAGCAGGGAGCCUGUGACUCCGACCUCCUGAACUGAUACACAGCUGAAUGUUCAGGAUUCAGUUUAAUUCAGAGCUUCUGGUACCGGGAAACAAGAGUGCUUGGUUGUGUUGCUUUGACAAACAAGUUUGUAAAAAUUAACUUGUUUAUAAUUGGGCCCGACUGAUAUGGAUUUUUUAGGGCGGAUGCCGAUACAGAUUAUUAGUGGGAAAAAAUCCAGAGUUGUUGUGGUGGCAAUUUAGCGGUUAAAAAAAAAGGUAGUUUUGUCCGACAAAAAUGAUACUAGAGAGUGUAGUUCAAUGCCUGAUUCGUUCACCAAGCCAUUCAGGCGUCGGUACAGCGGUCCCUCGCCUGGCAGUGCUGCAUGCUAUAGCAGCUGCGCUUCUGACAGCUCAACUGAAGUGAGAAACGAACAAAUCACUCGAGGAAGUGAUUCGGUUUAGUACGUUCGCUUAAAAGAUUUGGUUCUUUUGAACGAACCGUUCGUGAACGACACAACACUAGCCAUUUCACCACUAUUUUCACUUCUGAACCACAUCGGACAAGGUGUGAUCCAGAUCCAUGUUACUUGGACUGCUCAGAUCGGGUUUAAAAUAUCCUAAAGAAGCUACAGACUCUACGGAAUUGUGAUACCUUCAGCCUACUGACUCUGACACAGUGUCAGAUUUGUGAUACAGUCUAUUUUUAAAAAUGCAAGAGAGGAUGAUUUCGCUGCCUUUUUCUCAGAAGACUGUUGACUCCCUUUGAUAAUCAAGUCCAGCUCUGACAGGUAAAGAUGCAGUGGAGUUUGAUCCGGACCAUGUUUCCUUAACCUGCCCAGUAACAGUCAAAUAAGAAGCUGCAAAUGAGACAUUGACGGGGCACUUUUUUCACCUUAGUAAACAGCAGAUCUGACCUUUAGUGAAUUCUUUCUAUGGUAAGAUUAUUACAUCGUCCGCCCAGCUGCAUUGUGGGGUAGUUUUUGGUUGGUAUCUCCUUUGAUGCAGAGAUUGCACAAUGGUUAAGUGGGUUUGCUUUUUGAAGUAGUCAAAGAAAUGGGGCUAUUAUUACUUGCAGCCGUUGUUGUCAAUUUAAUCUGCACCCCUUAUGUUGUAUAUGUUUUUAUUAGAUAGGUAAACAUUUACACUUUUAAUAAAUUUCACAGCUAAUGUGGGUAUUUGUUCUCAUCUUUUCUUUCUCUGCAGCAAAUACUGGCCUUUGUUCCUCCUUUUCUUCUACAUCCUCUCUCCUAUCCCCUACUGCAUCUCACGGAGGGUGGCUGAUGACACAGACUCAGCAAGUAACGCCUGCAAAGAGCUGGCCAUCUUCCUCACAACGGGCAUUGUCAUUUCAGCCUUUGGCCUGCCCAUUGUCUUUGCAAGAGCUGAAGUAGUAAGUAACAGAGUUUUUCUCCCCCCUCCUGGAACAUAAAGUAUAACAUUAGAAACAGACAGUCUCUGUGAUCAUGAAAACCUGGAAGAUCACUAUACAGUCAGUUGGUUCUUGUGCAUCAUGUUUCCACUGUUGCUAAAACAGGGAUACACAAAGAAAAACAUCUAGUUCGGGGAAAAUUUUACUUCUCCUAACAGUGUGUUCAGUAUUACAAGGGGGGCUGCUGGGUUACAGAUACUUUCAACCAAGCCAAACUCUUUUCAGAGCAAACUCUGCUCACCAUGUGCACAGUGACCAGAUUUAAUAUGGAGAUAUUUGCCCUUUUAGAACAAUGCAGCUCAGCAUUACAAGUUAAAAGUUUCUCAGGGUGUUUAGACCUAUCUUGUUCCCUUUCUCUCCUCCCUCUCUCUCCCUCUCUCUCUGUAUUCCUCCCCAACUCAGCAGCGGCCUGGUGGCUGCCUAGCAUGAGUCUGAUCCUGCCCAAGGUUUUUCCCUAUUAAAAGGAAGUUUUUCCUUGCCGCUGUUACUCAUGUUAGAUGAGAUGGGCCAAAUCCCAUCUUAGGUUGAGUCUUGAUAACUCAUCAAACAAUAAGCGUGGUCUAGACCUGCUCUUUUUCUUUGGAAAGCGUCUUGAGAUGACGACUGUUGUAAAUUGGCGCUAUAUAAAUAAAAUUUGAUUGAUUGAUGUGAUAGACCUGACAGCCACAGGCGGGGUACAGCAGUCAGAAAGACACAGUCAGGUUAUUCACUGUUUUGAUAUGGUAAUUAUUAUCAAUUCUUACACGUCAGAGAACAACAGAAUUUCUUGAAUCAGACUGUCUAUGAAGCAGCUCUUGACUGUACUCUUUGAAUAAUUUUUCAUGUUAGAAGAUCAGACAUCAACGUGUGUUGGUGGAGGGGCAGGAGAGGGGAGAGGAAUCUCGUGAAUUCUGGAAGCCUGUAUGGAAUCUAAGCCUAUAGCAGCUCAGCCUGAAGGCAACGCAGGACCAGCGCAUCAAAGAGAAAAAACUUGAGCCGGCUCUCAAACUAGAGAGGAACUUAGACCUGAAUUGGGAAAUAGAGAAGCCUAAUAAUUGAAGACUCUGUCCCCUUAUACUUCCUCUGAGAACUCCUGGGUUAUCUCUGCACAGCAUUAACAUGAUGUUCUGGAUGGGUGAAAGAAAACUAUGAGCUCCCAAAGUUUCUCUUUUGUAGGUGAGACAAAAGACUCGAUUAACAGUGAGAUAAUCCAGAGAGAGGUUCUGUUAUGAUAGAAAAAGAACCUGUUUUGUGGUCCUUAGAAACAGAAAUGCAGGAUUUUUGAAAAACCAGGACAAACAGGAAAAAAUCAAACCUAUCAGAACGGUGAAAUACUGCUUUCAAAUGAUACCUGGAGCUCCCUCAGCUGACAGAUGCACCAGCUGCAGCCAAGGACAUGGGUUGUAUUUAGCUGCUGGUAAUGUCCCAUCCUGCUGCGUGCCCUGAAUUAAAAACUGUCGAGCAGCAUGUGGAAGUGAUUUUGUAAACCGUGUCUGCUGACACCCUCUUGAUUUUGGCCUAAAUAUGCUCUGCAGCCUGGCAGCGCGCGGCAACAUUUGUCAAACUGAAUUAUUGAUGUGUUUGGUUUACAGAUCGCCUGGGGGGCGUGUGCGCUCGUGCUAACGGGUAACGUAGUGAUCUUCGCGACCAUCCUGGGCUUCUUCCUGGUCUUUGGAUCCAACGAUGACUUCAGUUGGCAGCAGUGGUAA